AUGCGCAAGCUGGAGAAGCAUGAGAGCGGCAAGCUACACCAACGUGCGUUGGACAGUCAUGCGGACGUCUCAGAAGUUCGCGCGCCUACCGUGCUGGACUUCACAAGGUUAGCGCAGCACAUGCGGAAGCAAUGCCUUGGCAAGGAUGGACUUCCAGAAGUAGGUGGGCAAAAGAAGUGCAGGAAAAUGGCUUUUUGCCUGGCGGAAGUCUUCCGCGAAUCUAAGCGGGAUGUUUGGCGGGCAAAGAACGGCCUGGACGGCCAACCCUUGCUUGUCAGCACCACUAUCUUUCAAGAUGCCCGCAAGGGAAGAUUGGCUGUGCGGUUCACUGCAGCCAGCUCCGCGGGAAGCAAGAUUAGUGGCCACAUGGGGUCCGUGCGAUUGUCCGACGGCUGCGAUUCUGUUUCCCUGACAGAAGCAACAAUGAAGAUCAUUCGCAACUUUUGUACUCCGUGCACAAACAUCCCUCACCUGGAGUCGCUGCACGGCACUGCAAGUCCCAUGGAUCAGGGGCUCUUUGAAAAAGUGAAGGCUUCUAUGGAAACCUUUGUUUCCGAUUCCGCGAGCGAUGAGCUGAGGGCUGGUUUCAUGCUAGCUGAGCAGACCACUUCUGGGCUCAUGGUGGAGACACUGCCUCAAAUGAAAGUGGUGAUGAGGGACCGCCCCCAUGCCACACGGCGCAACCUAAGCAGGAACUGGAAAGCCGACGCGUUUCUCGAUGAGGUGGCCAACGCAUUCCUCUUCGCGGCGGAUUCCCCUGUACGCAUGAUCCAGUACUCCCAUAUCUUCCGCGAUUGGUUUUGUGAAAACAUCCGGAGGCAAAACCCCAACUUGAGCUGUGUGCAAGUGAACGAUCACAUGAAGAAUUUGAAUUUCGUGGCACACAGGUUCGAAUCCACGGCUGCGCCGUUGACACGGGUGGUUUUGUUCUUUCCAGCCUUCCUGCAGACUGUGAGUAAGAUUGCGCUGCAGCGCAAGGCAGAAGACGCAGGCAAGUCUGCAGCCAAGUUUUUGACGUGGCUUGACUAUGAGCGGUGUGUUCAGGUGGCAAUGCUGGGCGACUGUGCCAUUGAGAACCUCGAGCUGACGAGGUUGGUAGACUUCGAGGGGUUCCCUGUCGAGGACUUUCCCGGUCAGCUGAUUUCGUUUAGGGCGCGGAUCAGGUCCUUAUUCACUGGUGGUGCACCGGCCUGUUUGGACACCGGCUUGACCCGUCACAUGCUCAAAAUUCUGGGAAAGCGAACGAUGGCCUUCAGUAUUCCCUCUUCACGCGGCGGUGUGGAUGCCGUGCAACUCAUGCCCACGGAUGAUCACGCUGCAGCUUUGACAGUGGGGAAAUGCCUCUCGCGAAUGUCAGGCUGGGUAGCACUGACUGAGAGGACAUUGGAGGCUGAAUUCCCGCACUUUGAGACGCAGCAGUCCUUCAAGAUUUUCAGCCUGUCCGACGCCACGGAACGACCCAAUGGAUCCCAUUUCUGCCGCUCCAAAGAUUUGUCUAGGCUUCUGAAGGCGUAUCGUUUGCCAGAGCCUGAUCUGCAAUCAGAUAUCGCUGAUCAAGCAAGCCGACUGUGGUACGUGGCCAGGCGCACCGCCACGGAAGAGAAACUGAACAGCGUAGACUGUUGGAUCUCAGCCGUGAAGCAGGCCACCCGCACGAAUACACCGCAGACCCGAAGCUCUGUCGCGGCUGUUCUACCCAUCCUGGUGAGGUACUGGGCAGCGGGUGGCAGCACAUCUGGCGUGGAGCAAGCUUUUAGCCGUUCCCAGCAAUUGACUGACAACUUGAUGAUUGAUGGGCACAUCGAUGACGUUCUUGAGGCAUCCCUGGUCAUCGACAUACCCCCAGCAGAGCUGCAGACAAUUGCCCGGAAGGCGGCCGCUGUGUGGUUGCAGGUCUACGGCCCAACAAGGAUCUCCGGGUCGGCGCAUCGCGUGAGAAGGGUGGACAAAGGAAUCCCGCGCAAGGAGCCUGAAGGACGUGCCAAGCCUUCCAUGGCUGGCUGGUUGCGUCACCGACAUGAACAGGUUUCCUGUCGCUCAGCCGGAAGCGUCCCUGAGCCGGAGAGUCUUGUGGACAUUCCUGCUGAAAUCCGAACGCCUGGACAUGAUCGAGAAAUUCAGCGCUUGAAGGCUGCGGGCUUGAUUCGGGAUUCUCUGCGUGACUUUGCGAAGGGUGUCAAACGCAUGGUGGAGGAAGUCCGCGCUGGUCGGGGCGCUGACUUGUUAGACUCCUUGGGCAUGGACGACUUGCAGCUGGUGCUGGACGGAUUGCAAAAGAAGGCGAAAACGGAUUCAGACUACGUCAAGGACCGUGCAAGGAAGAAUGCCCUGGCGGCUCCGCCGACUUUGCCAGACUUGGAAGCAGCCCCCGUGCACGUGUCGGAAGCCUUGCGAGAUUCGGCAGACAUCCAACGAGCUCUUCAGACGAAACAUGCUGUUGUCGUGGCCCUGGAGGACGCGCGGUUCUUCAUUGAGCAAGAUGCUACCGUCAGCAACCGUUUGCUGCACUGGAACGUGGCAUUGUGCGGAGGGUCCAUUAUCAGCAAGGCUUUCCUCACGACUGGACCAAUCCUGAGCUUCAAGAAUGCCAUCACAUCUCAACGACUUAUUUGGUUGACGGAUGCCUUCGCUGCUGCCAACGCAAGGUCGGGAGCGCCCGGCAGCAAAUGGAAGCUCGCGCGAGAUCAAGCCCAUUUCUGCGCGCGCAGCGUCAAGGAUAUCCACAAGUGCAUUCUUCUAUGUGUCGAUGCAGAUAAGGGCCAAGAGGUCUGGAGCGGUGUUCGGCAGAAGUUCAAUUGUGCAGAAGCUUUAGACUUCGUCCUGCACGUGGAUCCGACGAGUGACAGCGGGAGCAGAAGCGCUGGAAGGCUGGUGAUGUGGGCAUUGCUUGGCAGGUUAACAGUUGAGGUUUGCUGCCGCGUCCUGAUUCUAGGGGCUGGUUCCCUUGUUUUGAUUUGUGGGGAGCAGAACCAGGGGUCCACUGUUUCGGAGCCGGACGUCCAGCUCCGAAUCUGUGGAGGUGCGAUUGCGCAGGUCACUAAUCCGGAGCCGGACGUCCAGCUCCGAAUUAGUGGCCCCGCGCGUGCCCCUGCUUGCUCCUUCACCUGUCAGCUGCAACACGUUGCCCUGCAGGUGUUUUCGGUCAAGGUUCGAGCGGUUUGGUCUGGGAGCCCUCACGAGUCUCUAAUCAUGGGUAAGCGUGGCCAGCCGGAGGAGGAUCCGCAGCAGCCUGAGGCAAAAAAGGUUGCCAAGGCCAAAGCCAAAGGCAAGGCCAAGGCGAAGGCCAUAGUCGUCGUGCCCCCGGCACCACCUGCGGCGGAUACUUCUGUGAAUGCCGAGCUGCAAGCCGAGUUGGCCAGAUGCGACGCUGCCAUCAAGAACUACUUCGGUGACUUGAUGGGCGCUGCCGAGAAGCUCUCUGCCGGCAAGACUUACACCUGCGCUUGCCCGUUGUAUUGGGCCAAUCUUGGUUUCGAGUUGCAACCCAAUAUGCCGAAGUAUCGCUCUCGGCUUGAGAGCCUCCGUGAGCACUUUUUCGACAAGCCCGCCAAGAUGCCGUGCAAGAUAGUUGUCUACUUGGAGAAGAACGAGCUGCCGCACAAGUUGAAGGGCGCCCUGCAGUGCACCGAACCACCCGAGCUCCGCGAUGCUCUCCGCCUCGCAGUCUUCAAGGCGGUGGAUGAAGGGGCACCUGCCAAGAUCCUCGCUGAGUGGCACGAGAUUCUGCUGAGCUGUGAGUUUUCAUUCGAGGUCAAAGACAGCGCCUCUUUUGUGGAGCAGGUGUUUAAGACGGUCGUUCAGGCGCGAGAGGACUUGGGCGUUCUGAGGGACAACACGGAGGUAACUCCGCUCAUGCGCAUCUACGAAUGCGUAGAGUUUAAACGACAAAUGGAGGCCAGCGAGAACAAGAAAUUGUCAAAGUCCAGCCUUGCAAGCCUUUACGACACCGUCAAGUACGCGAAAAAGACAGAGCCUGUCAAAGCCACGUACAUCGAGGUGGCGAUGAUGAUCCACCGCUCCUGCCUCUCCUUUCCGGCCGUUCGCAACAUCUUGCAAACCAUGGAGCAGCUUGAUGUUUGUCCUCUUGACUCAGUGUAUAAGAUUCGCGAGGUCGUUGUGCAAUGCGACAAAAAGGAGAACCUUCAGCAAUGGGCUUUCACAAUGCUGAUGGAUUGGUGGCAAAGGGUGGAUGGGCGUGACAGUGUGCCGAUCCGCAGCCUCAAAGAGGGACCUGACCAGGUUUCUCUUGUUCGGCUGUUUCUCUUCAAGCGCACACUGAGGGACUACCUUCUGAGGGAGAUGGACUUGAAGUUUGCAACGUGGAGCGAGGCCAUCCGCUCGGAGAUCCGACGAUUGGCGAGCUGCAUGGAAAGCUUCCGGUCCGAGCUGGGCUACAUCGACGACAAGCCUGUUAACGGCGGUUACCAGCAACGAGGAAGUUGGCCGUCCAGCGCGGACAACUUCCUGCUCCUGCUGGAGAACAUCAUCUACGGCUACCGGUUUGAUGGGAUCCUGAAGCAAAACAUCAAGGCACGCCGCAGCGCGGAGGAUACGCUCAAUCAUGCUGAAAUCCGGUCUUUCAUGUCCCGAGUCACAACGGCCUACGAAACCGAGAACUCGACGAACACUACGGCUGAGGAAUGCGGUGCGGAUCAGCAGGCCGGGACUGAGGCCGCGAAGGUUCUGGACGACGCUGCCGUUGCCAACCUCUCCGAGGCCGAGAAGAUCAUGUACGAGUCCACGGAGACGGAGAAAGGUUCCGAGGUGAUGCUGCGCAUUCAGAGCGGGGUGCGCAUGGCCCAGCGAAAAGUCCAAGCACAAUCCACCUUCAUCGUCGACAAUGCCGCUGACGAAGGACAAGUGGGGAAGGAGCUGAAGAACUCAAUGGCCGCUCAAGCCAGAGGGAACCCAGAGACGAAAGCCUGGGUUGCGAUUGUGUUGGACGUCAAAUUGUGUUGCGAAAGCGGUAGCCAAGGCCGCUAUCGCAUGGGCCCAACUCGCCCGGCCCAGCUGCGGCGCCUUCUCAAUGCCAUGCUAGCAUCGCGGCCUGACGGAGAUCUUGAUGAUGGCGAUGUCCUCGUGGUGCUGGACGGGGGAAAGGGAGGCGGUAAUGUCGCUUCCUGGGUGGAGUCAACGGUCUGCAAGCUGCUCCCGUCAAAAAGAUACCAGCAGGUUAACCAGACCAUCUUCUACACCCAUGACUCCAUCGAGCAGCGGAUGGAGAGAGCGAGCAAGUGCCCGCUGCAGCUCACAGAGACGGCGUCUUUCAUCACACUGAACAAUGCCGUCAGCUUCAAGAUUCAGAACCGUUUGCACUUCGCGGGCAACACCCGCGGCAACGUGCUGGGCCCGUUUGCAAAACCGGAAUGGAGCGACAGCGCCAAAGUCUGGCAAGUCACUGCCGCCUCUAAGAAGGACAUUUUCGGCUCAGACAACCUCCCACUUCCUGGCGGACGGCUGCCAGUGGAGUUGGAUCAAGGAGACGAUGAUGGUGACGGUGCUCAGCAGCAGGACGGAGCAGCCAAGAAGAAAGCACGGACUCGUCCAACUGACCUCGUGCCAUGCUUCUACCACGAGUGUGCAGAACUGGUGUCGGCUGAGCUGGCCCACAGCCUGCGCCCGGUCGCAGUGAUCGAUCUUACGCCAGGCUCGGGCCAUUGGGCGUACUACUGCAUCAAGAACAGGAUCAGCUACACCGGCGUAGUGUUCACAGAGCAGCACAAGCAGGCCAUCAUGGACAAGCUUGCUUCAAGGGUUCUGUGUGGUAUGGUGGACAGCAGCGACACGAAGCUGUACGACCCAGCUUUCGCCAAGGACGUGCAACAGCAAAGCGGCGAGAACAGCACCGAGGACAAGAACAACCCCGGCGGCGGCCGCGGUGGACGUGGCAGAGGCACUCGCGGUGGCCGCGGGCGUGGCCGCGGCCAGGGCGGUAGUGAGACGACUCCGCCAACUCCGAGUGUCGGCACUGGCGAGACUCCUGGCAAAGCUGGUGGCAAUGGCAAUGAGCUCUGCACUGCCGAGGAAUCCGGCACAGAGCAGGGCGGUGGCGAGAGUGGGGACCGUGAGGCGCUCCUGAGCAAGAUCCAAGAGGCCAUGCGAAAGCAAGGCUAG